GACGGCGGGCGGGCGGGCCAAACGGGACAGGAAGGUGAGACCCGGGAGCUGCCCGUCCCUGCAGGCUCGGCCGGUGGCCGCUGUCCGGCACGGUGUUCCCGGCGCUGCGAGGCGGAGAGGCCCGGGCCCGGCGCCGCCCGCGCAAGCUCUGGUCGCGGCCGCCGGCGCUGGAGCGCGGCGGGGGGCGGGGCCGGCUGCCGGGGAGGCCCGGGGGCUGGGGAGCCUCCCGGCCCCGCCGGGUGACCACGGGCUGGGGCUCCGGCCGCCGGGCAGCCGCGUGACUGGCCGCGGUCACACUGCGCUUAAUCACAAUUAGCUUGUGCUCCGGGCUGGCAGCGCUCCCGUUUCUCCCAGCCGGUGACCCCGGGGAUUUCUCUUAGGGUGGCUUUCUCUGAAAUGCCAAAACCGCCCGAGUAUUCAGAACAGAGUGACUCUUUAACGCUUGCCGUGGGAACAGGAAGAUUUUCGGGACCAUUGCACAGAGCAUGGAGAAUGAUGAACUUCCGUCAGAGGAUGGGAUGGAUUGGAGUGGGAUUGUAUUUGUUAGCAAGUGCAGCAGCGUUUUACUAUGUUUUUGAAAUCAAUGAGACUUACAACAGGCUGGCCUUGGAGCACAUUCAGCAGCACCCGGAAGAGCCCCUUGAAGGAACCACAUGGACACACUCCUUGAAAGCACGGUUGCUCUCCCUGCCUUUUUGGUUCUGGACGGUUAUUUUUCUGAUCCCUUACUUACAGAUGUUUUUGUUCCUUUACUCUUGUACAAGAGCUGACCCCAAAACGGUGGGCUAUUGUAUUAUCCCCAUAUGCCUGGCAGUUAUUUGCAAUCGCCACCAGGCGUUUGUCAAGGCGUCUAAUCAGAUCAGCAGACUACAACUGAUUGACACGUAAAAUCGGUCACCAUUUUUUCCCUACGAUUACAGAACUGCCCGUGCUCUAUGGAACCUAAUCACAAGACUGCAGUUUCUUCACAGAUCUCAGGAAGUUGUGGUGGGGCAGAGGCUUUCUAAAAAGUGUGACCAGGGGGCUCUCUUUAUCUGCAUAAUGAUGACUUUUUAAGUGAAGCCUGAGAUACAGUACUACAAAAUCAUGUGGAUGACUUCAGCUUUGGGAAGUAAACGUGUGUCUGUUAUUUGCAUUCUUUAGCAACUUGAAUAAGUACCUGAACUCCUAUUUUUUAUUCUACUGUGCAACAUAGUGAUGAUUCAGAAAUUUUUCCUUUGGGGAAAGAAUGUAUAUGAACAUUUCCAUUGUGCUGAAUGUAAAAAGGUCCGAACAUGGUCAUAAAAUUUAAAUUUUAUACAAUCA